CAAAUGACUUUCAACUUGAACUGGGAUUUGGAUUCCAUGACUCUAGAACUGCCCAGGACCUGGACAAAAUGACUUUAGGUUUUGGCUCGAGGAUCUUGUGUUGGGUUUAGACUGGAACUAAAUGACUCCAGUCAAAUUUACUUUGAUUUGAAUUUAUUUGAAUUUGAGCUAAGACCUGGACUAAAUGACUUUUGGCACCCUUCGGACUAUGUAUGGUAAACGGAUUGGAUUUACUCAACUCGUAAAUAAAAACUCGAGACUUGCUUUUGACUUGAGCCGUAUGACUUUUGAUGUUGUAGCGGGCAACUGUGAAUCCUGGCGAAAAGAACUAAACUGCAUCAAACGCUUGUACAAUCGCUUCAGAUUCAGACCAACAUUUUUACUAUCGGUCUUCAGUCUCAUAUUUGUCAAGGUUGUGCACAGCCAGUUGCUUCAAAGUGGUCCUGGACAGGGUUCUGCGUGUCCAUAGGAGAUCAUCAUCAGCAGAAUGAGAGAGUGAGCUGCAGAAAGGGGAGGGGGGUUUCCCUGGGCACUGCCCCCCCCAUCCUAUCCCACGUCAGCUGGGGCAUUGGAUGGCUGACGGCUGCAUACCAAGCCUCCUCCUCGGCCUCGACGCACUUAGGUCCCUGUUCCUGCCGGGCCCGGUGGCUAAAUAUAUUUCCCCAGUUUGCAAAUGUAGCACAAGUCCUGCAACCCGACCCCCAUCCCGCUGGCUCCGGUUCCCUUCCUUUACACAAGGUUCACGUUCCUUUGGGUUGUGGAGGUACACGAGAGAGCGCGGUGGGGUUGGCUGGGCGGAAAGGGGUUGGAGGUUAACGGAGCGUCUCCCGGUUUACUCUCACAUACACACACUGGACUCUUUUCUGGAUCUCUCCGCUCAUGUACACUUGUCAAGCUAGCAUACGCACACUAGUUGCCACUUCACACACACAUUCUGUGGACUCCGGCACUGCCCCCCCCCGGAUCGGCCACGGUGAGGAGAGUGUGGCAAAGGAGGCAUGGAGAGGACUGAACGGAUUCAGCGGCCCGUCGUGGGCUCGGCCGACUCCUACACAAGCCGGCCGUCGGACUCCGACGUGUCCCUGGAGGAGGAUCCCGAGGCCCUGAGGAAGGAAGCCGACAGGCAGGCCCUCGCCACGCUCGAGAAGGCAAAGACCAAACCAGUUGCGUUUGCGGUGCGGACAAACGUGGGCUACAACCCGGGCCCCAGCGACGAUGUUCCUGUGCAGGGCAUGGCCAUAUCCUUCGAAGCCAAAGACUUCCUACACAUCAAAGAGAAAUACAACAACGAUUGGUGGAUCGGGCGUCUGGUGAAGGAAGGCUGCGAAGUGGGCUUUAUCCCCAGCCCGGUCAAGCUGGAGAACACUCGGCUUCUACAGGAGCAGAGGAUGAGGCAGAACAGACUCAGCUCCAGUAAAUCCGGAGGAAGCUCCAGCCUGGAUGUCGCCACGGGAACGCGCAGGCCCACCCCGCCCGGCACAGCGCACGUGGACAUGCCCAGUCUGACCUAUGACGUUGACCCCCUGGACCUGGAUGCCGAGGAGCUCCCUGAGUCGCAGGGGGACCCUCGUUCCCCCAAGGGCAUGUCUGGCAGCGUGACCUCGCCUCAGGCCAACACGCACCGGCUGCCUUUCUUUAAGAAGAUGGAACACGUGCCUCCCUAUGACGUGGUUCCUUCCAUGAGACCCAUCAUCCUGGUGGGCCCCUCGCUCAAAGGCUACGAGGUGACCGACAUGAUGCAGAAAGCUCUCUUUGAUUUCCUGAAACACAAGUUCGAGGGAAGGAUAUCCAUCACACGAGUGACGGCGGACAUCUCGCUGGCCAAGCGCUCGGUCCUCAAUAACCCCAGCAAACACACCAUCAUCGAGCGAUCCAGCACCCGUUCCAGCCUGGCUGAGGUUCAGAGCGAGAUCGAGCGCAUCUUCGAGUUGGCCCGCACACUGCAGUUGGUAGCCCUGGACGCCGACACCAUCAACCACCCGUCUCAGCUGGCCAAGACCUCUCUGGCUCCCAUCAUUGUCUACAUCAAGAUAGCAUCACCUAAGGUUCUGCAGAGGCUCAUCAAAUCCAGGGGCAAGUCCCAAGCCAAACACCUCAACGUGCAGAUGGUGGCGGCCGAUAAGUUGGCUCAGUGCCCCCCUGAACUGUUUGACAUUAUUCUGGAUGAGAACCAGCUGGAGGACGCCUGCGAGCACCUGGCUGACUACCUGGAGGCCUACUGGAAGGCCACGCACCCGCCCAGCAGUAACCCGCCCAAUCCGCUGCUCAACCGCACCAUGGCCACAGCGGCGCUGGCCGCCUCGCCCGAGCCCGUGUCCAACCUGCAGGGGUCCAACCUGGUGCACAGCGAGCCCCCCAAGCGUGAGGGCACGGAGUGCGGCGGGAGCGAAUACCAUGGCAACCUAGGGGGAAAACCUCAGCAACAACAUCAGCAACAGCAGUACCUGUGCUCCUCCCGCGGCCAACUCCGAGGGGGCAGCAGCCGCGGCCUAUCCCGGCAAGACACCUUUGACUCGGAGACGCAGGGCAGCCGGGACUCGGCGUACACCGAGGCCGGCGACUCCUGCAUGGACAUUGAGACCGACCCCUACGAGGAGCCUGAGCCUUACCGCGAGGGAGGCGGCGGUGGCAGAGGGGGCAGCCGCCUCCACUUGGCGCAGCACCACGGGCGGCAGGCGUCCUGGGAGGACGAGGGAGCCGAGCCUGACCAGGAGAACCUGAACCAGCCGCCGGCGCCCAGUCACGGCGGGCAUCAGCAGCACGGGCGGGCCAAGCUGAGGGAGCGCUACUGCCAGGAGCCGCUGGACACGGUGGCCAACAAAAGCCGCAACAAAAACCAGGAUGACUGGGGCAGGGACGUGUACAUCCGCUGAGAGGACACAAGAGGAGGAGACAAAAAAUGUUUACAUCCGACAAUACGGUAAUCCCCCACUAUUUGCAGGGACCCCCCCCCCCCCCCCCUCCCUGCCACCAAAUUGUUCAUAAGGUUUCUCCUCAAACCUUUUACAGCAAGUACCACGUAUUGGAAAAAAAAAUACUUGCCUUUCCAUGCACUACUAUAGUAGCCAACCUUAAAAUACGAUAGUAGAGGUUUAAGUGUUCAUCUCAAAAUGAAACUGAAGAUUUAUUCCUAAAAAGUAUAUUUAAGAUGCAUUAUACUUAAAAGUUAAAUAUAACUGAACUGUAAAAAAAAAAAAAAAACGUUUCGGCCAGUGGAGCAGAAGCUGUGGCUUUCUAUUACGUACCACUAGAGGGAACCAACAUACCACUUGUCGUACUUCGCAAACAAUUGGUCUCGAAGUAAUCGUCAAAAAUAGGGAGUCCAAUCUCAACUUUUUCUUCCAAGGACCGCUUACAGAAAAGUCAAAGGAUGCCAGGGCCAAAGGGCUUAUUAUAUUAUACAAUGGACCUGACAUCCAUACACCUUUUUUCAAUAUUUUUAGAAAUAUUCUUUAAAAAAAUAUACACAGUAUAUAUCUUGUUUUUGUUUCUAACCCCCAUUUUUCUUGGAUAACACAGUUUUGCGCUGUUCACAGGCUGUCCUAUCUCCGCUGUAUAACUAGAAUCGAGCCGACCCUUCGUGGAGCAGAUAUUCACAAUAUGAGCCAAAACAAGCACAAGCUGAGGAUUGAUUUGCCUUGAGACCUUAUAGCAACCAAUUAAUCUGAGCUUUGCCCCCAUCUUGUGGCAUCUUAUGGCGUUCAAGAAAGUUCACCAAAAUUUGCCACAGCACUUCAACUAGGUGAGGAAAAAAAAAAGAAUACCCCCCACACCCCUACAAAAAAAUAUCCAUAUGAUUAAUUUGCAAAUAGUGGGGGAUUCCUGUACUUUGCUUUUCCACAUCAAUACUGCAUGAAUGUCACCAGACAGCACGAGGACACCACUUGCUAUGAUUGUCAUCUCCGUCAAGUUUCAGUAGAAUGUGAGGACGUCGUCACGUCUGUCCUCCAAAGUCUUAAACAGGGUCUAUAUCACCAUCCCACUCCAAUUUACCCCCCAGUGUACAGUGUCAAGGUCCUCCACACUGUCCCUUUUUAAAAGUCCACUUCUUAUCACCCGUACCUUAAAAGCAGGUGGACAAGUCGCUCUAUGUUCGAUAUUUUUUAUGGACAGUUUUCUCCUCCAUUGUAGCUUUCAGUGUGCUGGUCUUGCACCCCGAGCCCACCAUCCUGCCAAAAAUCUCCCACAAUCCCAAGUGCCGGAAGGUUUCACCAAGCCAUGUCCGCCAACAGCGCUCCUGCCGUCUUAACUCUUACACUCCUUCUUUGCAGGCCACAUGUUGUCUCUAUCUCUAGGUCCAACACAUUUGGCUUUUUUGUGUUAUUUAUGCUCAGAUAUAGUUACUUAAAAUCACAGCCACUCAAUUUGUGUGUAUUCCCCUCUCCCCCACGCCCUAAUCUUUUUUAAGAUCCAUAUGUGAGAUUGUGAGAGGCUUUAAACAUUAACCGCUCCCCCUUCCUUUCUUCAGUUGGAUAAAUGAAUAUUGAAUAAUGUUAUUGUUGCGUUAUCGCAAUUGUUUAAAAAAAAGAGAGCUAAUAUAUGACAUAUGUAUCAUUGGUGCCUGAUUGUAGCUGCAUCUUUUUUUUUUUUUUUGCUUUUUCUGCCUUUCAUUUUUAAUCUGUGGAUAAAUUCGUAUUUUAAUUAAAAAUGUAAGCAGAAAAUG